GCGUCCGGUCCAUUCGGUGCGUGUAUGAGCACCGCGCGAGCGGCGUGAAGACCUUCUCCUCCUGGCCGAGCUCGGUGUUUCGUCUUCCCGCGGAGGAUCGACAGACAGAGGCAGGGACAUGGAGGAUGUCUGCCAUUAUACCCGGAGCCCUGCCUGGGAGGAGCUGGAGCCGGAUAAAGGUCCCGGGUCUGUGGCGAAGAUCCACCCCCACGUGGUGGGCGCCGUCUCGGUGUCCGGUGCGGCGGACGAGUCUUCUGACAGCGAGGUGGAACAAGAGGGUCCUCAAAAACUCAUCCGGAAAGUUUCCACCUCAGGACAAAUAAGGAGCAAGACGAGCAUAAAGGAAGGAUUGUUACUGAAACAGACCAGCUCCUUCCAGAGGUGGAAGAAGCGUUACUUCAAGCUGAGAGGCCGAACACUCUACUAUGCGAAAGACGCCAAGUCCGGCAGCGCUUUGGGCCGGUGGCAAGAGCGAGCGCUGCGCCGGGCAUCCCGGAGCCGCGUUUGCUGGCGAGCUCUGUCGGUGUGCUGGACCGGCGCGCGGUGCUCACCCCCGCCUCUGGCUGCCGGCGGAUCUGAGGAGGGCCUAGUGAGAAUUCGGUCUCUCAUCUUUGACGAAGUGGACCUGUCAGACGCCAGCGUUGCCGAGUCCAGUACCAAAAAUGUCAACAACAGCUUCACGGUGAUCACCCCUUUCCGUAGGCUGAUUCUUUGCGCCGAGAACCGCAAGGAGAUGGAGGACUGGAUCAGCUCGCUCAAGUCCGUCCAAUCCAGAGAGCAUUACGAGACGGCUCAGUUUAAUGUGGAACAUUUCUCAGGGAUGCACAACUGGUACGCCUGCUCACACGCACGGCCCACUUUUUGCAACGUCUGCAAAGAUAGCUUGUCGGGGGUCACGUCUCACGGUCUCUCCUGCGAAGUGUGUAAAUUCAAGGCCCAUAAACGCUGCGCGGUUAGAGCCAUUAACAAUUGCAAAUGGACUACUCUGGCCUCCAUUGGCAAAGACAUCAUCGAGGAUGAAGACGGGAUUGCGAUGCCCCACCAGUGGCUGGAGGGGAACCUGCCCGUCAGUGCCAAAUGCGCCGUGUGUGACAAGACAUGCGGUAGUGUGUUGAGGCUGCAGGACUGGCGCUGCCUUUGGUGCAAAGCCAUGGUGCACACAGCCUGCAUGGACCUGUACCCUCGCAAGUGUCCUCUCGGCCAGUGCAAAGUUUCCAUCAUCCCCCCGACGGCCCUUAACAGCAUCGACUCAGAUGGCUUCUGGAAGGCCACCUGCCCCCCUUCCUGCGCUAGUCCCCUCUUGGUCUUCGUCAACUCCAAAAGCGGCGACAACCAAGGCGUCAAGUUCCUUCGGCGCUUCAAGCAGCUGCUCAACCCGGCGCAAGUCUUUGACUUGGUCAAUGGUGGCCCACACCUGGGUCUCCGCCUUUUUCAGAAGUUUGACAACUUCCGAAUCCUUGUGUGUGGUGGUGACGGGAGUGUAGGCUGGGUGCUCUCGGAGAUCGACAAACUCAACCUACAUAAGCAGUGCCAGUUAGGGGUGCUGCCUCUCGGCACAGGAAACGACCUGGCGCGCGUGCUGGGCUGGGGCCCGUCGUGCGACGAUGACACGCAGCUACCGCAGACCCUUGAGAAGCUGGAGCGAGCCAGCACAAAGAUGCUGGACCGCUGGAGCAUCAUGACCUACGAGAUAAAGAUCCCUCCCAAGCACGGCUGUCCCGCCACGCCCGAGGGUACAGAUGGCUGUCAGUUUCACAUUGCGGCUUACGAAGAUUCCGUGUCGACUCACCUCACCAAGAUCCUCAACUCAGAGCAGCAGACUGUGGUCGUGUCCUCCGCCAAGAUCCUGUGUGAAACGGUGAAGGAUUUUGUCAUCAAAGUAGGAAAAGCCUAUGAAAAAAGUGCAGAGAGUGCGGAAGAGUGCGACUCCAUGUCUCUCAAGUGUGCCAACCUGAACGAAAAACUGGACUCCCUCCUGCAAACGCUCAACAGCGAGUGCCAGUCCUUGCCUCCUCUACCCCACGCCACUCCUCCUAUUGUAGAAGAGGAGCGAGAGGAGGAGGAGGAGGUGACAGAGGGCGAAGAGGAGAAAACGGAAGAUGAGGCCGCCAGCGAAGAAAGCCUGACAGAGUUGAAGGAGAAGCUGGAAGAGGAGGAGACGGAGAAAUUCCCACACACGCUCUUCAAAAGUCGGGAGCAGCUGAUGUUGAGGGCCAACAGUUUGAAGAAAGCGUUGCGACAGAUCAUAGAGCAGGCAGAGAGAGUGGUGGACGAGCAGAACACCAACAUGGACGAGUCUGAGCCGACAUCCCCGCUUGAGUUUCGCAAAGACAGUGAAGAGGAGAACCGGGACAGCGAAAAGGAUGAGGACACCAAGGAGCUGGAGGCCUUAGCGCCUGUCAAGAGUGUGUGUUCUUCCACAGACAGGAGGGUGAGUCGCAGCACGCAGUCCUACAGUUCCUUUAGCAUCACGCCAUUCACCACCAGUAAGGAGAAUCUGCCUGUGCUCAACACACGCAUCAUCUGCCCUGGACUGAGGGCCGGUCUGGCGGCCUCAAUAGCAGGAAGUUCCAUCAUUAGCAAGAUGCUGCUGGCCAACAUUGACCCCUUUGGCGCCACCUCUUUUAUUGACCCCGACCUGGACUCGCUAGAGGGCUACAGUGAGAAAUGUGUGAUGAACAACUACUUCGGCAUCGGACUGGACGCUAAAAUCUCCUUGGAGUUCAACAACAAGAGGGAAGAACAUCCGGAAAAAUGCAGGAGUCGGACCAAGAACAUGAUGUGGUACGGUGUCUUGGGAACAAAGGAACUACUACAGCGGACCUACAAAAACCUGGAGCAAAAGGUCCAGCUGGAGUGUGACGGCCAGUACAUCCCCUUGCCCAGCCUUCAGGGCAUCGCCGUGUUGAACAUUCCCAGCUACGCUGGCGGUACCAACUUCUGGGGUGGCACCAAGGAGGAUGACAUUUUCUGCGCUCCGUCUUUUGACGAUAAAAUCCUGGAGGUCGUGGCAGUGUUCGGGAGCAUGCAGAUGGCCGUUUCCAGGGUCAUCAAGCUGCAGCACCACCGCAUAGCACAGUGCCGGACUGUGAAGAUCACAAUCUUGGGCGACGAAGGAGUUCCCAUCCAGGUGGACGGGGAGGCCUGGAUCCAGCCGCCGGGAGUCAUCAAAAUCCAGCACAAGAACAGAGCGCAGAUGCUCACCAGAGACAGGGCUUUUGAGAACACGCUCAAGUCGUGGGAGGACAAGCUGAAAUACGACAAACCACCUCUGCGGCCUCACCUCUACCCGCAACAGUCUGUUGACCUGGCCACAGAGGAGGAGGCCGCCGCCGUGCAGCUAUGCGCCCGCGCCGCGGAAGAGCUUAUCACCGGAAUAUGCGAAGCUGCUAAAACCAACGGCCUCUUGGAGCAAGAAUUAGCGCAUGCCGUAAAUGCGGCGUCACACGCAAUCAACAAAACGCACCCUAAGUUCCCUGAGAGUCUUUCCAGGAAUACGGCGAUAGAGGUGGCCAGCACUGUCAAGGCUUUGUACAACGAGACCGAAUCACUUCUUGUGGGCCGGGUGUCUCUGCAAUUGGACCCUCCGGAGGAAGAACAGCUUUCCGGUGCCCUGCAGAGUCUGGAGUUGGAACUGGGAAAAUUAGGAGAGAUAACGUGGCUCUACCACAUUCUUCAACCCAAUGAUGAGGAGGACCAAUCUCUGGGUUAUGGCAAGAGGAACAGUCGCGGCGGCGUCUUUCGCAUAGUACCCAAGUUCAAGAAGGAGAAGGCGGCCAAAAAGAGCAGCCCGCAGUCAGUGGAAAGAUGGGGCACGGACGAGGUGGGUGUCUGGUUGGAGCAGCUGAGUCUGGGAGAGUACCGGGACACCUUCAUUCGACACGACAUACGAGGCUCAGAGCUGCUGCACCUGGAGAGGAGGGACCUGAAGGAUCUGGGGAUAUCGAAAGUGGGUCAUAUGAAGAGAAUCCUCCAGGGAACUAAGGACUUGGCCAAGGCCUCCAUGCUAGAUCUUUAACCCGGAAGCAUCCGCUUCCAAAGAGAAGAAACGUCUCCCACCUCCGAAGAAGAUGGCGACGUGUCGCCGAAGAGGAGGGAAGCGCGUCAAGGAAAAAAGUCAUUUCCUUGACAAUAACCGAUCGUAUUUCAAACACAUACACGUACGCACAGGUAUGCAAGCAGACAGUGCAAUUUGUCCUUUUGACUUGCCGUGACAAAUUAGUAGCAAAAGCAGGACUUCCGUGAGUGAAGAUGUCGUUUGUUGUUUUAUAUUGUGUUUUGAGAAACAAAAGUAUCGUUUCCUAUGACAACGGCGUGUUCUUCGCUGGUUUCAUUGCAUGAUUUUAGCGUCUUCACCUUACGUGGUAACACUUGAACAAGUUCAAAGUAUUAUCAGUGCCAUUUGUGACUACUGAGAGUGUCAUGUCCCUUUUCACGCAAGGCAUGUGAGGGAGGGGAGUUUUCAUUUAUUUGAUUUGCAUGACAAAGUGUCCAAGAUCUGCCAUAUCUCCUGUAUUUUUAGCUUAAAAUAUGCUGUAGGACAGGGGUGUCCAAACGUUUUUCCUCCAAUUGCCGCUUAAAAAAAAUUUUUUUUUUAAUCGUUGGAUCAAUAUCAGCUUUCUCAGUUGAAAUGGAUUUGACAUCUGUAACUGUCAAUGGCAGUGAAUGAGUUCAAGGUGACAAGCAACAAAAUAAUCCAGCGGUAUGAGGAUAUCGCAAAAUGACAGUGGUACCUCAAGAUACGAAAACCUUGGUUACAUGAAAAAUUCACUCAAGUUUUUCCUCUUAAUAUUACGAAAAAUGAUCAUAGGAAUCAUGUAACUACAUUUGACUAUAAAUGUAAACAGACAAAAUAAUGUACUAUAUACACAGUGCUCAUGUGUAUAAAAUGAAGGAAUCUGACCUUUUAGCCAGAUUGCUGGAACCGACAACCCGGCCAAAAGGCCAAACUCCGCAUGCUCACCUUAGUCUUAACCCCUUGUACUGACUCCAUUUUGAAAGCUGGAAGAAGGCUUCGAAGCACAAGUUGACAAUUUAUUCAGGUCGACAGCGAUCAUACAGCACAGAUGCACCCAGGCGAGGAUCCAAGGUCACCAUAUCACAAGUCAACAAAAGGUUCCCGGGAAAAAUGACAACGAUUAGUUAAACAUUUAGUCUUUUUGAAGGCUCUCGCGGGGCGGGAUAUGGGCAGAAGGGUGUGUUAGGGCAUUGUUUAGGAUUAUUGCCUGUUUGUGGAUUGGACAGGAGGAAUCGGGAGUUACUGUUGUCAGGGUAACGAGGGUUGCGGAUUUUGCCACCUCAGUGUCAAAGGGGCUCUUGGAGUCUUAUCAGUUGUGUUUUCAGUUGAAUAUUGGGCGUUCUGCGGUGUUCCUUGUGUUGGAACAGGGUGUCCAGCCAUUUGUUCUGGACUGUCUGGGAGAACUGAUUACGAGAGUUGGUGGUGCAGACGUGGGCUUGUCAGCGUCAAUCUUGCUCAGUCAGUUGCACUAAUAGCACUAUGGCUCAUACAACACCAUUGACUCGCCUUAGCUUAGCCACCAGAGGUAUAUAGUGAUGCGUUACAUGUACUCUGUUCUAUUUACUUGCGUAAUUUUUUGAGAAAAAUGUACUUCUUAAGAGUAGUUUUACCACACAAUACUUUUUACUUGAGUAUAUUUGUAAAGAAGAUACACUACUCUUACUCCGCUACUUUUGGCUACACUAGUCGUUACAUUUUUCUUCUUUAUUCUACAUAUUGGCUUUUAUUUUUGCUAGAGAUGCAACAAUAAACGCACGACUCUAUUAUAACAUUCAGAAGUUACAAUGUUUUUUGGACGGGUAAUGAGUCAAAAUGUUCGGGUCUAAAUUUUUGUGUCCUCUUUAUGACGAAAAAAACAGUCACGUCACCAUUGGGCCGGGGACCGGUACCAGUUCGUGCUGCAUUUGCUACGGGGCCACAGAGAAAUCAUAAAUAACUUGUUAAUGACCGCAAUCUGGCCUGAGAAGAGAUUUGCGUACGCUACCCUCUAGUGGUUGGCCGCCAUUACUGGGGUGUUUGCUCAACACUUUCUGAGCCAGAAGAGGAGCCUACAACCAAGUCCAUUCUGCAUAAUGUGGCUAAAAGCAUAAUAUCAAAAAAUCUGAACUUCCACUUUAAGUGCCACUAGGUGGUGAAAAAGCAUUACAAAUAAAGAUAUGCAAUCAGAGAACAAAACAGCAAAUUUAAUGUUUUUUUUUUGUUUUUGUUUUUUUUGAACGAAUUAGUUCACUUACAUGUAAAACGCCAUUCAUUAUACGAAAAAAUUAUAAUAGGAAUUCACUUCGUAUUUUGAGGUACCACCGUACAAGUUUAUGUAUGAAAAUACUGAAAUUCUACAGUUUCCUGGAUUGGUUUCAACAUGUCAGGUUUUGACCCGUUGGCUAAUUGAGGGACAGCUCCAUCUAGUGGUCAAGCUGAGAAGUGCAAGAGAAUGUAGACUGAACUCAAGCUUCACGUGCAGGUCAUAUUCAGUGAUAUUUUCAUCAUUUGCAGCGGGCCAACAGCUGUAAACUCAUUGCUAUCAUGGCUUGGUCCGACAUUAUCUGCCAUUGACAGCGCUAGACGUCCAAUUGCUUUAAACGGAUUGGACGUCUACUAGCGAUAAGCUCAUCGGUGGGAAAGGUACGUCUCGGCCACAGGACGAACAAUUUUAUUUUAACUUAUUGGCUGCCGCUGACGUCGUAUUCAACGAUAUUUCCACUUGCCGCCAAUAAUUUGGGCCUAUAUAAACUAGGUAGCAGGCUGUAGUUUGGACACCCCUGCUUUAAGAAGAUGUCGUUCGGAGGUUUGAAUGCUAUUCGCGACAUAAGAAAAGAAGGAUUGCAUGGGAAACCAAAGUGAAAGUUAUGGACGGGAAAAACGGUCUUCUCUUGCUUUUUUACCAGCGCUUACCUGUAGCAAUUUUUUUUCUUCAACAAUGGGAGAACACUUUAUCUUAGUUACUGUGCCAAGUCCACUUUAGUAAAUAAAUGUGUAUAAAACGGUGACAAUCGAAAGAAGGAAACAACCAAUGCAGUAUUAUUAGUAGUUAGGCUUGUAACUGUAAAGAAUUUUGCUGGACGUUAAGUUGUAUCACAAAUAGAAUUUUUGGACCAUUUUAACCUCUUAACCUUGCUAAAGGUAAUUUCUGCAUGUGCAUUCACCGAACAACAUGGCGAUGAAAAGUCUUUUCAUAGUUCUGCCCUGAAUUGAAAUGAGAUCCGCUGCCAUUCCUCCCACUUCAAAUAGAUGGGACGUCUGGCAGCGUCAAUUUCAGACAGUGAGUUAAACGGCGUCUGACCGAGUCAAGAUAACCAUGACUUUACAAUCAAGUGAGUAUGUAGUCUUUUAGUGUUAAUAGACCAAAAAAAAGUAUUUUUUUUUUUUUAAAAAUGUCAGCCAGGUAUCAGAAUCGGUACCUGGAGCCAAAAUAUGGUGUUGGUGCAACACUACUUAUAAAUAUUCAUUAUUUAGGAACACAAAUACUGUGUAGAGUUGUCCGAUAUUGACUUUUUAACUAUUAAGUAUUCCAAUCCCGAUAUAUGUGGUCAUGGACUGCAUCACGUAUGUAAAUAAAUGCAUAAUAGAAUAAAUGAUAAACGAUGAUAAAUGAGAAAUGAGCCAAAAUGUCCGUAAUUAACUGAAAGAAUAAAUCACAAAUACAUUAAGUUUAUGCUAGUUACACCAAAGCGCCACCCGGGGGCAAUAAAGUAUUACAACUACAGGCGGGCAACCAUAGGACCAGAGUCCAGACAAUGAGUGAAAAUUCCCACAAUGCAUUGUGCCGGGUGUAUGCACAGAUUGUUUUAUUACUUUUUUUAGUGACUAUUUCUUUCUGGUAACGCGAUAGUUAUAUGUGAUAAGUUUCCAGUUCAUUAUUUUAUUUGUGCACCAUGAGUGAUUUGUGUCUUUCCCUAAAUUUGAAAUUUGGAGACAUCUGUAGUACAGCAGCAGCUAGAGAUUAUUUUGAUAGUCAAAUAAUCUGUAAACAAGUUCGUGCAAAUAAUCAAGUAUUUGGAUAAGGGACAUUUAAUGUGUUUUAGAAUCAGUUUUAGGAGAUGUAACACUUAGGUUUGAGAAUAUUGCACUUUCAAAAGAGCAUUACAAUACAAAAAAGUGUCUCUUCAAACUAUGCAGAAUAGCACUUUCAUUAAAAAAAAGAAUUUAAAAUACCUGAGUUUAUCUUCAGAUGGCUAAAAAUAUAAAUGAAUAAAUAAAUAAUUGAGGAUCAAAGUACAAUAAUAGUACAACCAGCUAACUUGCAUAGCAAAAGUCCACGAGCUUAAAUGCUAUAAAAAGCUAACUUUUUUUUCUUUACAAUGCUCUUAACAAAUCGUUUAACCCCCCCCCCCCCCCCAAAAAAAAAAAAAAAAACGGCAAAAUAUACCUAUAAACUAAAUCACGAAAUCUUACAACCUUAUGUUGGUCUUAACAGGGAAUAGCCUGUUUCAGCCAUGUUGAAUGAGUUAUGUCAUAUUCACUGUUGCCACAAGAGGGUAGUGUAUCCACCUAAAUCAACGAAACUUAAUGCAAACACUUUCCAAACAAACCAUUACAAUGCCACUCUAAUUAAGCAGCAAAAUUUAAUUCGAAGUUUUUUCUAAUCGAAAUACUCGAGUUAGUCCGUUAAUCGUUGCAGCACUAAUCUAGAGGUCACUCUAAGCUUAGCUGCCGUGCUAAGAUGUGAUCAGCCCAUGUACAAAGGCUGCAGGCUUCUACAUGAUAUUUUAGGCCAACAUACAUUUCGGCGCAAAACUAAUACCGAUAUUUUCCAAUGUUAUUGUAAAUGCUUUUAUCGGCCACUUGAUGGUAUCGGACAACUCUACUUAAAAGGCAACAUUUCCAAACUACAAAAUUGAUACUUUCAUAUGAACAUGUUUAUUUUUUAUAAGGCCAUAUGCAAAUCUGUCACUUUUUUGCUCAAUAAAAUAUUAUGUAAAGUUGAUAAAAAGUUGAGUAUAGUUCAAAAUUUUAAGUUAAUGAAUGCCCCGCCCACUAUAAGAAAUGCAGUAUUUGUGUACUUGUUUUCUUCAUUGCUUGCCUUACGCAAGUGCAAAUCAUAUCGUAUAAAUGAACAUCUUUGCUCGACCUCUUAGCACAUUUACACAUAUAUCACACAAAUGCAUUUUUUUUAAUUAAUAGAUUUUUAAAGUAACACUGCAUGGGCAUGCAGCUUGUUUUUUAAGUAUUGUUAGUAUUUUUAACAACUUGUGGCAUUACAGGGUCUGUUAUUUCUUGAGGUAAAUUUGUACAUACCGUACUGUAUAGUAUCUAUAUCUCUAAAUAUGCACUGUCUACAGAGUACAGUAUACCGGUGUAUGCAAGCCACGUUUGUUGGGUGUUGUCGGUGGCUCGACGUGGCAUGCGCGUGUCAACACUUUUGGCCUGUGUGUAUAUAUGACAACUUGUGCAUGGCGGUGAUGAUGUUGUGAUAGAUGUGCAAUAUUCAAACACAUUUUCACUGGCACGCAAAUACAGUUGCUUCCCCCAGCGGUGCUUCCAUAAUGACACGAUGGCUUAAGCGAAUAAGAUGAGGCAGCGUAGGACAAUUGAGCUAUUGUGUCAUUUUGUAGUAAGGAGAGAAGUAUAGUCGCCAAACUUGUUAUUUAAUUGUCAAAUUUGUUGUGAUUUUCAACCUCGGGGCCAUUAAGACUGGAACAUCUUUUUUCUGACGAUAUGUCGCCAUAAUUUGUAUCCCAAAAGGCUCCCGCCGAGAAUCGUUUUCAAAAGGUUAGUCAAGGAAGCAACGGCUCGCUCGCUAAAUUUUCCACUAGAACAGUGUCAAUGUUAGCUCAUUGGCCGCCAUUGACGCCACUAGACGAACAAUACUGAGUAUCUCGUCAGGCUUUAUUUUAAAAAAGGUUUCGAUUGUCGUUCAUUUAAAUGGAAGCAGCAAAGCGCUACGUAAAGUACAUGGUCGCUAAUUUAGCUAAAUUAGCCGAACGGCAUCCCGUCACGUCAAUAUACGUAAUAUAAUGGCAUUUUAUUUAAUAAUUAUACGUUAAAUUACAUAAUAUUACGACCUUAGUUUUGUAAUAUUACGUCUUUUUCUCAUAAUAUUAUGAUUUUAAUCUCGUAACAUUACGAGAUUUAAGUCAUUAUCUUACAAUUUUAUUUUCUCAUAACACGUAACAUUACUUUUUUCUCAUAUUACGUAUAGCUACGUAGUAUUACCAUUUAUGUCUUGCAAUAAUACAUAUUUUUUUCUCAGAAUAUUAUGAUUUCAAUCUCGUAAUAUUACAAUUUUUGACUUUACUCGUAAUAUUGCGAGAUUUUAAUCUCGUAAUAUUGCGAGAUUUUAAUCUCAUAAUAUUACAAUUUUUGAUUUAACCGUAAUAUUACGAGAUUUAAGUCAUAACAUUACAAUUCUUUUCUCAUUAUGUAAAGCUACAUAGUAUUAAGACUUAAGUCUUGUAAUAUUACAACUUUUUUCUCAUAUCUAUAAUAUUUCAUGUCAUGACUUUUUUCUCAUUAUUUCAAUCUCGUAAUAUUACGACGUAUGACUAUACUCUCGUAAUAUUACGAGAUUAAAAUCAUAAUAUUGUUUUUUCCUCAUAAUACAUAAAUUACUAUUUUUUUCUCAUUUUACGUGAAGAUACGUAAAUUAAGACUUUAGUCUUGUAAUAUUGCGACUUUUUUCUCAUAAUUUUAUGAUUUAAUCUCUUAAUAAUAUGACGUAUGACUUUACACUCGUAUUAGGAGAUUAAAGUCAUAACCUUACAAUUUUAUUUUCUCAUUAUGCGUAAUAUUACAACUUUUUCCUCAUUUUAUGUAAAGCUACUGUACGUAGCACUAUAAUUUAAGUCUUGUAAAGUUACUUUUUUCUCAAAAUAUUAUGAUUUUAGUCCCCCAAUAUUACGAGAUUUAAAUCCUAAUAUUGAUUUUUUUCCUCAUAAUACAUUACGACUUUUUUCUCAUAUUACGUAAAGUCACGUAAUAUUUUUCCUUUUUUUCCUUUUCCCUCAGAAUUUUACGAUUUGAAUCUCGCAAUAUUAUGACGUAUGACUUUACACUCGUAACAUGAGAUUAAAAUCAUAAUCUCACAAUUUUAUUUUCUCAUAAUACGCAACAUUGCGACCUUUUACUCAUAUUAUGUAAAGCUACAUAGUAUUACGACUUGUGUUGCAGUAUUACAACUUUUUUCUCAUAUUUAGAUUUGAAAUCUCGUAAUGUUAUGAUUUUUUUCUCAUAUUAUUGUAUCAAUCUCGUAAUAUUAAAACGUAUUACUUUACUUUCGUAAUAUUACGAGAUCCAAGUCAUGAUAUAAUUUCUUUUCUCAUAAUACGUAACGUUACAUUUUUCUCGUAUUGAGUAAAGUUAUUCAGUAUU